GAGUCAGUAGGAGGGAGACAGAGCCCCCAGACCAUAAGGACGUGGAAACUCUACAGACCAGCCUAGUUUCCAUCACCUCUGCUUCCUCUUCAUUCAUUCUGCCAAUAUCCAAUCUGUUUGCCUGCUGUCAAGGUGGAUUGGAAGUCUGAUGCUCUGGCGCUAUGUUGCUACUGUUCAUCUCACUGCUGCUUAUGGGGCUGGAUUGUUUGCAGGGAGCCCCAACAGGUAAAGAAGUCUACAGGAUGCCCCAGAGCGCUCUCAAAGCUCUGUCUGAUCGAGGUACAGUUGUUCUGGAAGCUGCCAUGGCGAGCGCCCUGUCUGCUCUUGAGCGUGCAUCAUCAGAUCGAAGUCGGGCUGAGGCAAGCUGCAGAGGUUGUGUUCCCUGCUUGUUUCAGAACUGUGGACAGCUAUCAGGAUCCUGUUCAACACCCUCUGGUGCCUUAUUAGAGCCCACCUGUGAGGUGAUCAGUAAAGCCCAGAAGCUUCAGGAUGAGGCCGAGCGGAGCUGGGCUCUGAGUCAGGCCUGUGGGUACUAUCAGCAUCGUUGUCUACCAAAUGAGCUCAAUACUGAGAGCUGCAUCCGGAUCAUGGGUGAGAGCUGUAGUGCCCGCGUUCUCCAGUGCAGCCUGCUGAACACGAUGCAGAAUCUAGAACCUGAUAUGCAGUCACAUGCUCAAGCAGCGUGUGGUCAGAGGUCUUUCACAGUGCAGAACAUCACACAGCCCCGGUCGAGGAUUGUUGGUGGUUCCCCUGCACCUCUAGGGAGCUGGCCCUGGUUGGUGAACCUGCAGCUCAAUGGUGAGCUGAUGUGUGGAGGGGUCCUGGUGGACAGCUCCUGGGUGGCAACUGCUGCUCAUUGCUUUGCUGGCAGCCGCAGCGAGAGCUACUGGACAGCCGUCGUAGGCGAGUUUGACAUCACCAAGAAGGACCCUGAUGAGCAGGUUCUUAAAGUGAACCGAAUCAUCCCCCAUCCUAAGUUCAAUCCAAAGACGUUUAACAACGACAUAGCCCUGGUGGAGCUGACAUCUCCUGUCGUCCUGUCUGAAUAUGUGACACCAGUGUGCCUUCCUACUGCCACGGACCCCCCAACAGGCAGCCCAUGUCUUGUGGCAGGCUGGGGGUCCCUCUAUGAAGACGGGCCUUCUGCUGACGUGGUGAUGGAGGCUAAGGUUCCCUUGCUUCCUCAGAGCACCUGUAAGAGCGCUCUUGGAAAAGAACUGGUUACCAACACUAUGCUGUGUGCUGGCUAUCUCUCUGGAGGCAUAGACUCCUGUCAGGGGGACUCUGGAGGGCCCCUUAUCUACCAAGAUCGUAUUUCAGGUCGCUUCCAGCUCUCUGGCAUCACCUCCUGGGGGGACGGCUGUGGAGAAAAAGGCAAACCUGGGGUGUACACACGAGUGUCCGCUUUCUCUGACUGGAUUCAGGCAGAGAUUCAGAAAUCAUUGAGAAGCAGAGAGCCAACAUGUCCAGAACUACUGAAAACAACAGACAUGACAGAAGCUCAGCAGAGGUCUGAGUUUAACUCUCUCUGUCACUUCUACACUCUGCCCUGUCCUCCUGGUCAGUCUGCCAGUGCAUGCAGUCAGAUAGCUGAGGAGAAAUGCCUCACCCGCUUCAAAAAAUGCCAGUUACGCGCCUUCCUUCAAACACUAUUGGAUUUGCUUCAGAGGGCAGAAGACUACAUUAGAGACAAAAUGGAUUUGACUUUCUUCACUCAGACUCUCCCUCAGCUUGUGGAGCAUAUAUACAGUGCAGCUUUUACACACAACAGAGAGAGGAGAGACCUCGGUCUUACUUGGAUUAAAGAACAGCUAGGUGGAGCUGUGACACCAGCAACACAGGAACCGCCUCAUUCUCCACCAGCUUUAUUUGGAUAUGUAGGUCCUUCAGUGGAUGAAUGGGAGGAACACCUGAAAAGCAUAGCUGAUGAAUUGGAUAAACACCAGGAUGGAAUUACAGACACUUCAUCUGCAGUGAAAAGUAAUGAAGAAAAGAUUUUUCUACAGACACAGGACUCUUUGGUGCAGCAUCUGGCUGGACAUUAUCAGUCUGUUAUUUCAAGUCUUCACUCAAGGCUGGGCUCCAGAGUAGCUCCUCCUCUUCUGCACUUGGACGCAGUUCGUUUUCAAGAGGGCUCUUCCAUCAAUCCUUCUUCAACUAUAACACCAGGCUACUCUCCUCUAUCAUCCUUGUCCCAAAAAUCCCUGGAGCCCUGGUCCCUUCUGUCAGUUUUGCUGGGUGAACUAGGGAAAUUACAAAUGCAAGACAAAACUAUGGAUGAUGGCGCAUCGAUAACUGAAGAACAUUCAAGUAGAGAUGUUUCUAGUGAGAGGAACACUGCAUUAGAGGAUUUUGGUGUCAAUCAGGAUGGAGAGCAAUUUAAACCUUCAGCAGCUCCGCUCAUGGAUCUGUUGACUUCUGCUGUCCAGAAAGCUGUUGAUAUGGCUCACACAGAAACCCCCGACCCCAGACGGGGGAGAAAGUCAUCAGGUGUUCGCAGAGGACCCAGGAGUGUUCCUCAAAAGAGGCAGAUCCCUGGAAAAAGUGGGAAAAUUUGUCCCGGAUUGAGAGAGUCUGCCCAACAAGUUAGCCAAAUCCAGGAGUCAUACAGCUGGAUCUUAAACAUACCAAGCGACAAUCUGCAGAUGAACUUCCAAGAGGUUUUAGUUGAUCUGACCUCAAAGAAUGAUCGAGGACUUUACCAGGCGCGGAUCCGAGCCGUGGUAGCUGGACGACCCUCAACCUUCUACAGUCUUGUGGGGCUUGAGAAUGAGUCGUUCUAUCGCAGUGUGCCAAGGAUCAUCGCUGUGGCUCUAGACUCUCUCAAGACUUAACCUUGAAUUACCUUAAACUCAAAGCAUUAAAAGAUCAGUGCGAAAAGUGCGAAAAGAUAAUCAUCAGGCGCACACUUACAAACUUCCUCAAUCUCCUUUAAAGGGCAUUAUUUAGACUCAUCAAGUCUAAAUAAUGCCUUUAAAGGCAUUAUUUAGACUUGAUGAGCCUAAUUUUCACUCCCAGUGCAAACGUGAAUGUAACUGUUGAACUGUCGACAAUGAUACACUUUUCCUCUUAGCUAUAUUUAUUGCCCCCCUGAUAAAGAUGUGUAAAAGAACUUAAAAGUACAAAAGAAUCAUGACUUAUACCUAUAGCUAGAACUCACACGUGAUCUGGAUCAUUACAAAAUUUUAAAGAAUUGUUGCUUGGUCUGAGAAAAAGUUUCAUUAAAAUCCAUUUAUAGCUUUUCAAGUAAUCGUGCUAACACAUACAUACAUUCAAAAAUGGCAGAAAACACAACCUCCUUGGCGGAGGUAACUAAAUCGAUCUUACAGCACAGUAUAUUAAAUGGGAAUACUUAUUUAAUACAAUAUUGUAAUAUAUAUUUUAAAUUUAAAUCAAAUUACUUUCAAUAUUAGUACAAUAAUCUCUCACAGCACAAGCUUUCUAUAAAAGAAUCUCGGGAUUGUGUCUAUUUUGGAAAAGGCAGAUUUUCAGUCUGUUCAUCUGAUCAGGUUUUAAAACAAGACCCUCAUACCACUUUACAAACCAUUUUAGUUUCCUUAGUAUAGCACAACAUAUUUUAUUUCUACUAAAUGGUAUUUAAAAAAGUUUAUGCCAUAACAUUUUACAGGAACAACAGAAAAAAUAGGCCCACAUCACCACAGUUCCCCCACCGUACUUCUGGGUUUUAGUAUUUUUCCUAAAUAUUCAUUCUUUGUUUCAAGUCAUACUCUUUAAGAGUGUUGGUAGAUUUAGAGCUCAUUCUUAAAUUUGUAUUAAAGUCCCAUUACAGCUUUGUAAACUCGUAAAUUAGAUUUUGUGAUGUAAAUAUAUGAUACAUUCUGGAACCAGAACUGUCAGAAGAAACAUUUUGCAGAAGUUCUUUUAUCUUUCCCAGUGAGCAAAAUAAACUGGGUAAUUGUCCAGCACAGUGGAUGGUGGCUAAUAGAAUGGGAAUCAUAUUAUAACUAUAAAGGAAUCAACCCUUAUUUGUAAAGAGGAUAGCUAAUUUUUUUUUCAAUGGGAAUACUUACUUUAAAGGAUUGUUAGGAACAUCAUUAUUAAAUGCUAAACAGAUUACAGAAUACCAAACAGAUGUGCUUAAAUCAAGGCAGGAUUUUUCUAAAGAUGUCUCAUUGUGGCGCUGCAAAAAAACAUACAUUUAUAUGAAUGUUGUUAAUGCAUCUUUACCAGGGGUGGCAAGAAAUGUUGCAAGCACUGUAUGUGGUUGUAGAUACAGCCUUUUUUAAAUUAUAAAUUUGUAUAAAAAGAUAAAUUAUUCCUAUUGUAUUUUACAAAGGUG